AUGACAUUGAAUUCAAUAUCUUUUCGGGAUGCAAUUGCUCUUAUCACAGGAGGCAAUAAGGGUAUUGGAUUUGAGACUGCUCGUCAACUCGGCGAACAAGAUCUUACAGUUCUCAUUGCAGCUCGAGAUAAAACACGAGGCGAAGAAGCAGUUCGAAUGUUGGAAAAUGAGAAUAUUCAGGCCAAAUGGGUUGAACUUGAUGUAACAAGACAAGAAACAAUCGACAAUGCAGCUCAACAAGUUUUUAACGACUAUGGUCGGCUCGAUAUUUUAAUCAAUAAUGCAGGCAUUCGUUUGGAAGGUGAACCUCCGAGCCAAACUCUUAUGACUAAAAUGCGUGAAACAUUCGAAACAAACUUUUUCGGUCCUUUUGCCGUGACGAAAGCAUUCCUUCCUUUGUUACAAAACUCCAAUAAAGCGCGAAUUGUCAAUGUGUCAAGUCGAAUGGCUUCCUUUGGAAAGCCACUACCAGUUCCUAGUCGACUAGCUUAUGCAACGUCUAAAACAGCUCUCAACAUGAUGACCGUUCAAUUCGACAGAGAAUUUCGUACACAGAAGUGGAAUAUUAAAAUCAAUAGUGUUAAUCCAGGAUUGGCAAAGACCGACAUGAAUAAUAAUAACGAAGCCUAUCCUCCACCAAGCAAAGCUGCUCAAGCUAUUGUUCAUUUUGCAACAUUGCCUGACGAUGGUCCAUCUGGAGCAUUCUUUGAUUCAGAAAAAAACGAAAUGCCAUGGUAG